AUGUCCACUUCAGCCUUUGACCCAGAUCCAGAUCUACUUUGGACACCAUCGAAUGCAUCUCUCACGCAAACGUCUUUCUUCCGGGAGAAGAUCAAUUCGACCUAUUCGUUAUCCCUUGCAAAUUAUGAACAACUGUACGAAUGGUCCAUAUCUCAUCGAGGGGCUUUCUGGUCAUCUCUGUGGGAUUGGGAGAAUGUCAUAGGCCAUAAAGGUGAUCAUGUAGUAGAUGAAUCCUCAAGUCCUGAAGGUAAUCCAUUAUGGUUCAAAGAAUCUAAAUUGAACUGGGCUGAAAAUCAAUUACGACAUCAUGAACAAUAUCCUGAUGAAAUAGCUAUCAUUCAAACAUCCGAAUCGACAUCUAUUUAUACACCAACAACGAAACGUGUAACUCAAUAUGAGUUGAAUCGAUUAGUAGGUAAAGUUCAACGAUCAUUAAUAUCGUCAGGUAUAGAAAAAGGUGAUAGAAUUGGGUUUUGGGGUGGAAACGUCUUGGAAGCUGUAAUUGUUUUAUUAGCUAGUUCAAGUAUAGGUGCGAUUUUCUCAAGUGCAGCUUCUGAUUUUGGUGUAGAUGGAGUAAAAGAACGUCUUGAGCAAAUCAAACCUAAAAUACUUUUUGUUACCAAUGGAGUUGUUUAUAAUGGUGUAAUAAGACCUUUAUUACAUCUUUUACCUGAUUUACUAUCGAAAUUAUCCAAUCCACCUGAAAAAUUGGUCAUGAUAGAUCAUCUUCCAUCAGAACUUGUUUCUUCUUCAAUAUCUUCUUCAAUGUCUAUAAUAUCUAAAGAUGCCUCAAAUAAAACGAUUGGUUGUAAUUGGGAUCAAUGGAUAGAUACGAAUGAAGGUGAAACGGUUUUUGAGAAAUUGGAUUUCAAUGAUCCGAUUUGGAUAUUGUUCUCUUCUGGAACAACAGGUAAACCAAAAGCUAUAGUUCAUCGUCAAGGUGGGAUGUUAUUGGAUUCAAUGAGGGAGCACCAUCUUGCAGGUGAUAUCAGUAUGGGCGAUGUAUUCUUUUAUUAUACUACUCCCGGUUGGAUGAUGUUUCAAUAUCUAGUAUCAUCAUUAUCAACAGGUUGUACAAUCGUCUUAUACGAAGGAUCACCAUUAAAAUCACCUUCAUAUUUAUUCAACUUGGUUGAUGAGUUAGCAAUAACGAUAUUCGGUACAUCGGCCAAAUGGAUAGAAGUGAUUUCAAAAUCAUUUCCAGAUUCCGAUAUCAAAGACAAUCACGGUUUAUUUAGUUUAAAACAAAUUUUAAGUACAGGAAGUCCAUUACCACCUAAUUUAUUUGAUUUCAUCUAUGAAAAGAUCAAGAAAGAUGUUUUGGUCGGUUCAAUUACUGGUGGAACGGACAUUUGCUCAGUCUUCGCUGGUAGGAAUACGAGUUUACCCGUUUAUAGAGGAGAAAUACAAUCUAGGAUGUUGGGCUUCGCACUGGAUACAGAUGGACCCCCGAAUACACCUGGUGAAUUGAUAUGUAGACAAGCUUUCCCAAUCGAGCCAUUGGGGUUCUGGCCUUUGGAGGGACAUGGUUUCCUUCCAGCGGACGUAGAGGAGGCUAAGAAAAGAUUCAAGGAAAGUUAUUUCAAAGGCGAUGAAGGGAUUUGGUAUCACGGCGACUACGUUCAGAUAACCCCCUCGCGAUCAUCAAACUCAGGUGGUAUAUUGAUGCUAGGUCGAUCAGACGGAGUACUGAAUCCAGGGGGAAUUAGAUUCGGCCCGACUGAUAUAUAUUCGGUAUUGGAAGGAUCUGAAUUCUCGGAACUAGGGAUAGAAGAGACUCUAGUUGUCGGACUGAUGGUUGAUGGGGGCGCUGAUGAGAAAGUUGUCUUGUUUGUCAAGAUGAAAAGUGGUAGACCGUUGGAUGAGAAUCUGAUUAAGAGAAUAAAGACUGCAAUUAGAUUAGCUAGAAGUGCUAGACAUGUUCCUUCGAAGAUCAUACAAGUAUCUGAUAUACCUGUGACUCUGACUAAUAAGCGAGUAGAAGUACCCAUUCGAAAAUUAAUAAAUGGUGCACCCGUAUCAAGCAUCAAUCCAGCAACUUUACGAAAUCCAGAAUGUUUGGAAGCGUAUGCCCAAUUGGGAGAAGGAAUGAGGAGGGAAGAGGGAAUUUGUGUAUGA